UGGUUGUUUCCGGCCGGUCUACCUUGACACCUUGAUUUAUGAAAUGACAAUUUCUAAUGUGAACACGUACCUGUAACAUAACAACAAAAAUUGAACGGAACGCGCUGUCUGUGAUUGCUUCGUGAACCCUUUCCAGUGCAUUCAUCAAAAUGUUGACGAGAGCGUGGACGUGCAUGUUUUCCCCGCGUCUCUACAAAAUCUACAGAGAUGGGCCUAAAGAAAACCCUUAUCAACCACAAGGGAUCGAAAAAUGGACUGACAAGUUCGUGGGUUCGGCCAACACCCUAUACAACAUUGGCUAUUACACUUCCCCCUUCAUCUUAAUGUAUGCUUGGCGCCGUGGCUUCAUUUCGUCUUUCGAAACCCUGUUCCUGGUGCAAUGUCUGGGUGGAAUGAGCUGCCUCCUGGUGAUCGCGGUCAUUCUGAGGGGAAUAGCUCGUGCUAUGAACCCAAAAUACGUGGAGUUUGUGAACGCUUUGGCUGUCUCCCCCAACGAUACAAGAGCGCUGCUGAAUUCCAUCAGGAAGUACGACUUCGAUUUCAAGUACUGGCCGUGCACUUUCAGAGUGCCUCAGCGUGUGAGGUAUCCUUGGUUCACUAGCCCGUACAACCGCUGCGCCUCCCCCGACCUGCCCCCCUUCAAACGAGCCAUGAUCCAGACACUCGCCUACAUCGCCACUCAUACAUUCGGACUGCGGCUCAUCUAUCCCGGCUCUGUGGCGCUGAUCAACCAUGUCUUGUGGGUUCCGGCAUUGCAAGGAAGGACUCAAUUGGUUGAGGGGUUCGAGGGACAGAGGACUAAGGUUGGGACGGCUGAAAAUAACUACAUCGAUACGAUGUUUAUCGAUAAUCGGGCGCAUAGCGCGAAGGGGCGCACGCUCGUGGUGUGCUGUGAGGGCAACUCGGGCUUCUACGAGGUGGGGAUCAUGACGGCUCCCGCUAAGACUGGAUACUCCGUGCUGGGCUGGAACCAUCCUGGAUUUGGAGGGAGCACGGGGCAACCAUACCCGUCCCAAGAGCAGAACGCAAUAGAUGCCGUGAUUCAGUACGCUAUCAACGAGCUGAACUUUAUGCCCGAGAAUAUGGUCAUGUACGGCUGGAGCAUCGGCGGGUACACGGCCACCUGGGCUGCCGUCAACUACCCCAUGAUGAGGGGACUGAUUCUGGACGCCACCUUCGACGACCUGCUGCCCCUUGCCGAGAACCAAAUGCCGCCCUCCUGGUCGCUGCUGGUGAAGGAAGUGGUCCGCUCGCACGUGAAUCUGAACGUCGCAGAGAUGGUGGAAAAGUUCAACGGGCCGGUGCAGCUGAUCCGUAGGACUGAGGACGAAAUCAUCACGCUGCGCCAAGGAGUCCUCUCAACGAACCGCGGCAACCCGCUCCUGGUCCGUCUGGUCGAGAGCCGCCACCGCAUGCUGCACUCGAACACCCGCGAGUGCCUCCGCCAACUGGUCGGCCUGAACGACGCUCAGAGGACCUCGCUCAACUUCACGUCCAUCAACGAGUACGAGCAACGAGCGCUGCGCCUGGUGAGUGACGUCAUCAGCCUUUAG